GCACUCUAGAAAUAUCUCUUUCAACUUCCUUUCUUGAGUCAAUAUUUCCCUGGUGUGUUUGAUGGAUGAAUCGGUCCAAGAAAGCCCUACCUUUCUCCUCAUCAGUUUGGAGUGUCUUUCCUGACUCGCCCUUCACAUUCACGGUGGUUUUUGAGUGACCCUGUUCACACAUCUUCUUUCGCAGUUUCCAGAACGUUGAGAGUGCCUUCUCAGCUGCAAUGUUUUUUACAAACUCUUCCCAGUUUGCUGUUUUGGCCAGAUGUGCUUCAGCUUUGAACUUAUCUCGGGCUUGCCUUAUCUUCUCUUUAGCUGCCUCCCUUUCUUCCUCAGUGACAAUGGGGUUCUUCCUCUUUCUUUGCCAGUCCUUAACAGCAUUCCUCUUCUCUUUCCACAGGCAAAUGAGGCAAAUUUCAAAUGAGGCAGCCUAGUAUCUUCGACUGGAAUAUUAUCUGGCCCUUUAGUUUUUCAUUGUUUUAUUUUCUUAAUUUUUAAUCUGCGGGCGUCAACAGAAGCGACUCUUAUCCACCGAUAAGACCUUCUUCUUUGUAGACUACGACAAAGUGUUCUCCGUGGGACGCCAGGGUCACGCAGCGGUCAGCACGAGCACCGUUGAAGGAAUGGAAACGUGUGUUACCGCCGUGAAUUCCGUGUGGGGGUGAUAGAGGCUGGGGGCACCGAAAAUAACGCCAAUUUUAUAGCACUGUCACAAGCUUUCUACAAAUAUGUAUUACGAAUACAUGAAUAACACUCUUUAUGGAAAGUUGAUUAGUCAUUACGAGUGGUCACGCCCAUUCGCACAGGUCUGGGUCUGACCGUGGAUUAAUUAAUAACUUGGGAAAGCCGAGGAAAAAUGAACGGAUAUUCCCGUUUGGCUAGCAGGGGAAACCGAUACUUAUUAUAACCUAGCGAACGGAAGUGAAUGCCAGGAAGGAAGUGGUCGUAGUGGUCGACAGUCGACAAACCGCAACCGAUAGGCCUAGUAGAUAGCUAGGUCUAUAUUCUAGAUCUAUUCUAUAUCUAGAUCUAGAUCUAGAUUUCUAGACACAGGCUGGAAGUACGAUUUCAUAUUUAGAUCUAUUUUUGUUUUGGCUUUACUGGUUUUAUUCACAUCAUAACUGAGAUACGACGGCGCUAAUCACUAACGGCCCGGGAGGAGUUUGAGUUCGAACUGACGCACUACUCAACUACUCUUCUCUGCUCUGUGGGCCAACGUAAAGUCUCUGUGAUAGGUGCAGAACAGAAAACGCCGCCAUGAAUAAAACUGGAAUUUCAGUUCAUUAUUAUAAUGAAGGACUCUUUGAAAGGAUAAAAGAAAGUUUUAUGAAUUUUGUGGAGCCAUCAUCAUUUAAAUUGUAUAUUUCAAAGUAUUCCAAAGAUGUGUUGAACAAAUUUGAUGAGGGUGAGAUAGACGCUGAGAUAAAGUGUAGAGGUGUCUACAAUGGAGCAGUAAUGCUUCUCAAUAAACUGACCAAAUACCGUGGUUGGUUUGAAUGUGCUAUGAAUGUGCUGAGGGAUCCCGAUAUGAAGCUGGCGAAUGCUGCAGAGGAGAUGGAAACGAUCAAAAUGAACUAUGAUGCUGAGCUGGAGAGAAGUGGAUUGUUCUUGAAUUCAACUGGAGUCCAGACUCCUUCGCCUCCUGUCCAAUACCCAACAGGUGAAGUUGGAAGUGACUUUUCUCUUCUAUCUGCGAACUCAAGCUCAGCAUCAUUUGAAAAUGAUGCUGAUCCAGAUGUACUGCAAGGGGACUGUCCUGUGGUUCCGCCCUAUGGCAACAAGGAAGAAUUCAACAAUGUGACCUUCACCUUGAAAGCCCCUCCCACAGACGAUGUCCCUGCUGCAGAGAAAGCGGAUGGGGACGAAAAUCAAAGUCCACGUAGUGAGCCCCCGAAACGCUCUAAGAAACUCGCUAGUGAUGGACCCAAGCGAAUGUCCAAGACACAAGAUUCUGCUCAGCCUGAAAGCUCUGGUGACCAGAAACGCCAGGCCGACCCACUGACAGAAGGAGAGGCCAGAGGUCAAGGGCAAGGUAACCUGAAUGUCACAGGAGAUCUGCCAGCCAAGGAGGUCAGCGAAGUUCAAGAAAAACAUAUUCUAUCAUCAGAGGCAGAGAAUCUCGAAGGAGCCGUGGGAGGUGCUGACCCUGAGACAGCAGACCAUGAGUAUAUGGAUAUUACCUAUUCAACUGAAGACUUGUACACAGAUACUGAGCCACCAGCCAAGUUAAACAAGCCGCCGGUUGAACAUGCACCACCAGUCCCCUUCCAUCUCUCAAAACUCCCGGCACACCUCACUAAGAAGGUCUCUGAGGAUGAAAUCGAAAAGAAACUCAAGGAGGUAGUGGCAAGAGAUCUACAGCGACUGCGUAUCGAUCAGCACCACGGGUCAGCCUUCGAUUUCACGCUGGAGGAAACAGAAGCUGCCCUGAGAAACGUGAGAGGCUGGCAUAAACAGAUUCAGGAAAAGGACAUCUGGCUGCGCCUGUCGCCUUUUCGGCAAGAGUCGGGUCGCUACAUUCUCUGGUUCUGGCCCAGAAGGAAGAGACCAGCUCUCUGUAUUACGCAUAAUGGAAAAGUGAAAACGUACACGUUCCAUAAAACACCGGAAAAAGGUUCUUCCUCCAAACUUGUCUCCUACUAUAUGUACAAGUCCCAACACAAGAGCAAAAGCCUGAAGGACCUGGUGGAGUACCACCUUGAAAAUGGGUUUGUUGACGAAAAUGAUAAGACAUUGGAAGACAAAACUGUGCGUUUGUCAUCACCUGUACUGUAGGCAAGGUGCUUUUGUUGACAAUGUUCUUUGAAGUUACCUAUAUUAUGAUUAUUUUGUAUGUAUGUGUGUAUGUUUGUGUGUUAGAAAAACUCUUUAAACUGAUUGAAAAUUCGACUCUGAUAUUGUAACUAUUUUGCAAUUUUUCUGUCAUAUAUCUGAGCAUGUUAUUUUGUACAUUUAUAUUAUUAUAAAAUCUUUUCAAUACGAACUCAUUUCCUUGCUUAUGAUUAAAAAUUACAAAGAUUUAUGUGAUGUCAGGUGCUGUAGAGUGCCCUUUAGAAAAUGGCCUAAGAACCAGCUUUUAUGUUAAUGUUUUCAACUUCCUGCUCGUUUUCCAAUAACUCCUCAAAUACUAUUGUUAUUACUAAGUAAAAAUAUGCUCAACUCAAUU